AUGAUGCCCGAAACUCCAACCCAAGACCAAAUUGAUAUCGACCACUUGCAGGGCCUCCUCAGCAAGGAUGCCCAACUCGCCGAGACACAAAUAAUCUGCUCACCCCCUCGCUCGCCCCCCCUCGUUCCUAGGACCCCCGCAAAGCAAUCCUCCACUAAACAAUCUUACAAUUCCACCUACCACACUGCCAAUGAUCAUUCCGGAAAUCUUCACCUUGCCUACUCCAAUAACCUCAGCUAUAGUCAGGUCGACCUCGGCGAGACGCAAGCCGACGAUGGCAUCUACCCCGCGUUCGCUCCUUACGACAUGAUCGCCGCCACCCCGCCAGCUCACCGUCCUGCGACCACUGGUACCUUCACGACCGUUGACGAACUCGAAUCUCAGCCUCCAGAGCCCUCGACCCUUUUCCCGGAAGCUCACAGAUUUGUCACGCCGCAGCAGCUGCGUAGUAAGAGACCAGUGACGGGGGGGCAUAAUCCGCUCCAGACAAUGACAUUCGGGGGUGCAGCCCUGCAGGGACGAAUGAAUGCAUCGCUCGCGCAAAUGUUCGACAGUGUGUCCUCGCCAAUACGGCCAAUCAAUGCAGAGGCUAGUCUUCCACCGACACCGAGUGCGGUGGAAGCUAUGGGAGUCAUGGCAAAAACCCUCGAGAGGGUUAAUGCGGAGAGAGACCAGAGUAGUCCUGUACCAGCAGCUCAGGCCGAGUCCGAACCGGGGCCCAAGAAGACGGCCCAAGAAGCCGAAGAUGACGAAUACUGUGAACCAACACAGCCAGACCAGACGGCCUACAUCUCAAUGAAAGAGUCCCAAGAAGCUCGAGACCGAAAGGCGGCCAAGAAGAAACCACGGCGCCUUCGGUCGCACUCACCGGUAGUCUUUGAGCCUUUUGCCUACAUCCUUUCCCAGCCUGGAAGCACCCAAAAGAUCCCUUCUUCCGACGAAAAAGAUUGCGAUGAAGAUUCCUUCUCCCCCGGAGAAGAUUAUAAACGCCGUGUUGAGAGAGCUCGGCGAAAAGGUGAAGAGGAAGUAAAGCGCCUCUUUGCUAAAAGCAUACCAAAAGCUCCAUCUUUCCAAGGGCGUGCUAGGAGCGAGGAAGACAAGCGGCCUAUAGCGAAGGGUAAAUCUCUGCCUAGAGCUACGAAAUCUGUGUCGCCUAUUGCUACGCUGGAGACUAGUGUUGAAGAGACUGGAGAUGAGGAGGAUACACAGCCUGAACCAGCGGCGAAAGAGCCACCAGCCCCUACUGCAACAGCAGAAGACGAAAACGAACCUGAGCCCGAGCUCCCUCUGCACACUACCGACGACGGAAAAGAAGAUAUCGACAUUGCACCGACAUUUACGUCAGAUGUUCCUACACAGAUAAUACCUGCUGCUGCACAAACGCAGUACACCCAGCUCCCUCCUGAUGACUGGGAAUCAUUACAUCAAAUACCCGCAGCCUCGAAAUUUCGACGUCGUCCUGCGCCGCCUCUAAAUCAAGAAGGUUUAAUGGUAUCUUCAUCCUUACCGUCUACUUCUGCAGUUGUGGAAUAUUCACAACCCCUGCCGGUAUUGGAGAGGAAAACGACAUCAUUGAAAUCACUCGUUCCAUUCAAUAUACCCUCUCCGGUAGCUCCUGUCCCUGAAUACGUAAAGGAGACAAGCGGACUUAUGGCGCCGACUAGCAGUCUUACGCCCAUCCCAAGUGGAAUCUCGACUCCUAUCAGAGAAGCCACGGUGGAGUCGUCUCCUAUGGUUGACCCAACCAAUGAUGAUGAUACACCUUUAGGGAAAAGAAAAAGGCCUGUAAUAGAAGCUGAUAACAUGGUCCCUUGCUCAGUAGAGGAGAGUGGAAUGAAGAGCUUUAAGGGGUUGGAAGAGACAGGGCGGGAACACGACCCAGGGGAUCAAGCUGCAGAAGGCACUGUCAUGGGGGAUAAAGGCAAUAAGAGGAUAAGACUCGAUUUUGGGAAAGGAAAAACCCCCAAGCCUAAAGAGCCAUCGAAGCAUAAAUCCACUCGCACUCCCGCUAGCAAAUCUAAGACCAAGAUUACCGCGCGAAAAACUCGCUCCUCAAUAAGUGUUCAUCGUAGCAUGUCCUCACUCGCAGAUACCGACGACGAUGCUGAUAUUCUCACCACCACUAACCCACAUUUUCACGUAUCUGUACCUCCCCCUCCAGGCGCACCCACCACAGUACCUUCGAGAGUUUUCGCGCUCUUCCGUGAUGGUAAAACGGCCUAUUACCCUGCCACAAUUCUCGAGAGCAAUGACCGCGAGAUGAAAGUCGUCUUCGACGACGGUACCGAGGACUUAUUAAGUCGAGAUCAUAUCCGCUCACUCGAUCUACGUAUCGGCGACCACAUCCGUGUCGAUGUCACAGGAAUGAAGAAGUCCUCCUGGGUAAUCGACAGCUUCAAAAUUUCCGAGGGGAGUGACAACAAGUACACAGACUCGCGCGGCAAUCAUAUCGUCACAGUCAAGGGUAAAGUUGGUGAACCAAUAGACGUAGCAAUAACUAGUGUCUACCUAAUCCAAACAAUGUGGAAAAACUUCUCCACACGUACCUCUCCUACGCUCCUCCGGCAACGCACACCCAGCGAGCUCUCUCCGCCCCCCACAACACCCAGCCACCGCCGCCUCGCUACACCGCUAACGACCGGCCUCACCCGUAACGCCUCUGGUGUGUUCACAGGCAUGAUUUUUGCUCUCUCCUUCGGCGCGAAUGAAGCCAUCAAGAAGUCCACAACAAGCAAGAUUCUCUCUGCUGGUGGCCGGAUUGUCGAUAUCGGCUUCAACGAGCUCUUCUACGAUCCCGACACAUCUCUGACCCUCCGACCCGAAUUCUCGACCCUCGGCUUCACCGCCGUCAUAGCUGAUACCCACUGCCGGCGCGCAAAGUUCCUCCAAGCACUUGCACUGGGCCUGCCAUGUCUUGCUAGCCGCUGGAUCGAUGACUGCGUCAAGAAGUCCAAGCUGCUGGACUGGGAACACUAUCUUCUCCCCGCUGGCGAGAGCCGCUAUCUUGGCUGUGUUUGCAGCCGUACGCUCGAGACAUAUGAUUUGCGGCGUGCGGCCUUCAGCAGCGUUCUAGAGCGGCGGAAGAGACUGUUGGACGGUAUGGGAGUGAUUGUAGUAGGGAGUGGAGAGAAGAGACGAAGUUACCUGUUUCUCACUUGGGCAAUGGGGGCAGAGCGGGUGAUCAAGGUCGGAAAUCUAGAGGCUGCGGGCAGGCUCCUGGAAGGACCAGAGGAGUGGGAUUACGUCUGUGUGGAGGCUAAGGAGAGGGGCAAGGCUGAGAGGAUGUAUAGAGAGAAGGCAGGGGCGGGUGAAGGGAGGGUACAAAUUGUGGACGACGAGUGGAUUGUCCAGAGUUUGAUUUUUGGGAGGUUGGUUGACGAAGAUUAA